ACCUACACUCAGACCAUGAGAAAAAAGAACAAGCAGUCUGUCAGGGAUGUCAGGGACGUCUUUGGAGUUAGUGAAUCUCCUCCAGGUGAUCCUUGUGAGGACCACACUGCUCAGUUGGACGGUACGCAGGAAAAAGAAGAGAUGUCAACAGUUAUCAAAACAAGUGCUCCUGUGCCUGAUGAUGCCUCUCUCAACAGUAUUGCUCUGUCGGAUGGGUCCCAGGACGAAGAAGGGAGCUUGGCAGAUCCCAGGGCUGACUCCGUGUCUAUAUUUGAGACUAUUCCAGUUAUACCAGUUCAUGCCAAUGGAUCGUCAGACCCUGGAGAGAAGCCAGUUCAAAAUGCAGUGAGUGAUGAUCAUUAUCUGGAAAAGAACCUUCCACCAGAGGCUGAAGAGCUAUCCUUUGAAAUAUCUUAUUCAGAAAUGAUUACAGAGGCUUCAAAAAGAAAUAAAUUAAAGAAGUCAGUGAUUAAGAAAGAAGACUAUGCUUUAACUAAAUUUAUUGUUAAGAAAACCAGAUUUGGCUUAACAGAAGCAGGAGAUCUGUCUGUUGAAGACAUGAAGAAAAUCCGCCAUCUCUCUCUGAUUGAAUUGACUGCCUUUUUUGAUGCCUUUGGGAUUCCACUGAAAAGAAACAAAACAGAAAAAGUGAAAGGGCGAGACAGUGGCAUUUUUGGAGUUCCACUCACGGUCCUGUUGGAUAAUGAUCGAAAAAAAGACUCUGGAGUGAAAGUCCCCCUUGUGUUACAAAAAUUUUUUGAGAAAGUUGAGGAAUCGGGACUGGAAUCUGAAGGAAUUUUUCGACUUUCAGGAUGCACUGCCAAAGUCAAGCAAUACCGUGAAGAACUGGAUGCCAAGUUUAAUACCGACAAAUUUAAGUGGGACAAAAUGUGCCAUAGAGAAGCUGCAGUAAUGUUGAAGGCAUUUUUCAGAGAACUACCCACCUCUCUCUUCCCCGUGGAAUAUAUACCUGCCUUCAUCACCCUAAUGGAAAGAGGGCCUCACAUCAAAGUCCAGUUUCAAGCCUUACACCUCAUGAUCAUGGCGCUGCCUGAUGCCAACAGAGACACAGCCCAGGCCCUCAUGACGUUCUUCAAUAAAGUGAUUGCCAAUGAAUCAAAAAACCGAAUGAGUAUGUGGAACAUUUCUACUGUUAUGGCACCAAACCUCUUCUUCAGUAGAAGCAAACAUUCUGAUUAUGAAGAAUUACUGUUAGCAAACACCGCAGCACACAUAAUUCGCCUAAUGCUGAAGUACCAGAAAAUUUUGUGGAAGGUUCCAUCUUUCUUAAUCACUCAAGUAAGAAGAAUGAAUGAAGCCACCAUGUUGUUAAAGAAGCAGCUCCCAAGUGUAAAAAAGCUGUUAAGGAGGAAGACCAUAGAACGAGAGGUGACAAGCCCUAAGACUGCAAAAAUACUACAGAAAUCACCCUCUUCAAGAAGAGUGUCUGACGUACCUGAGGGAGUCAUAAGGGUCCAUGCUCCACUUCUCUCUAAGGUAUCCAUGGCCAUUCAACUCAAUAGUCAAACCAAAGCCAAAGACAUAUUGGCGAAAUUUCAAUACGAGAACAGCCGUGGUUCAUCAGAAUGCGUUAAGAUCCAGAACCAACGGUUAUAUGAAAUUGGAGGAAAUAUAGGACAGCAUUGCUUGGAUCCAGAUGCUUAUAUAUUGGAUGUAUAUCAUGUAAAUCCUCAAGCUGAAUGGGUGAUUAAACCCCAGUCAAGUUUUUGAAGUACUCUCAGAAAUGGAUGUGACAUUGGUAGGGGAAAAAGAUUGCGUUUGACAUAUUGGUUCCUGUAAUCCUCUUGAUGUUUCUGGGCCCCAAGCUGUGGUGUCUCCGGUAUCAUCAGCAUGAACAUUGGAAGAGGAGCUGGUUAACCAUUUGAGCUGAAGCUUUCUUACGCUGGUUCCUUGAAAAAGUCAAGGAAACGGGAGGUGAUCCUUCCAGAAGGAAGGCUAAUCCAGAAUAUGGAACUUUCAUCGUUUCUAGUAUUUGACUUCACGGGAGAAAUGAACUUGGUCCUGUAUCUGGGGAUAAGAA